AUCCAGCAGCCCGCGGAGUGGGCUGGAGGCCUGCGUCAGCGGCUGGAGGUGGGACGCGGUCCUGCGAGCUCUGUUUUCGGGGCUCUGGGUUUGGAAAUGCCUCUGCUGGAAGUUUGCAGAGAAAUCAGCCUGGGCGUGAAGGUGGUGGAAGUUAUCUACUGGUUGUCCAUUCCAGGCCUGAAUUAUUCGGGAGAGGCGGAGCUCAAACUGCGAAACUACGAGCCCGAAGAUGAGGAGCUGAAGAAGAGGAAGGUGCCACAAGCCAAGCCGGCUUCAGUGGAAGACAAGGUGAAGGACCAGCUGGAGGCCGCCAAGCCGGAGCCCAUCAUCGAGGAGGUGGAUUUGGCAAACCUAGCCCCCAGGAAGCCAGACUGGGAUCUGAAGCGAGAUGUAGCCAAGAAACUGGAGAAGCUGGAGAAGAGGACGCAGAGAGCCAUCGCUGAACUGAUACGAGAGCGGUUGAAAGGGCAGGAGGAGGAGCUGGCGUCCGCUGUUGGGUCAGCAAAGCAGGAGGGAAGCGACUCCGACUGA